GACGUUUAGCUGCCCCUUUACAAAUAACAAAAACUCCAAAAAGCGAUUUAGUAAGGACUAGGAAUUAUGCUCACCAGGUCACUCGUCUUUGCCGCCGUCUUCGGGGCUGUCGCCGCAACACCGGUCAAUCUCGAUGAGCGGCAAACUAAGUGCGAAGACGUACAUUUUUUCAUAGCCCGCGGCUCAGUUGAGCCCUAUCCGGGCCGGCAGGUGGACCUCGUCACCAGAGUAUGCGAAGGCCUGUCGAGCUGCGGGUAUGAAGAUAUCAUAUAUCCCGCCACGUACGAGAACUACUGCGACUCGGCAUUUGCGGGUGUUACCAACGGCACCGCGCAGAUCACGGCAUACGCUAAGAGCUGCCCCGAGUCCAAAUUAGUUUUGACGGGCUAUUCCCAAGGAGGACACGUCGUGGGCGACAUCCUUGGAGGGGGCGGCGGCUCGUUCCAAGGCUGCACGCAGAAAAUCAACACGCCCUUGUCGCCCGAGACUUCGCCCGGCAAUAAAAUUGUGGCAGCGACCUUCUUCGGCGACGUGCGUCACACAGCUUCUCAGAGUUACAAUUUGGGAACCGGUGCUGGCGGCAACGGAGUAAGUACUUACACAGUCGACGAGCAGCGCAUAAAAUUACUACACUCCUGGUGUUUUGCUGACGACCCUGUCUGUGGUGGUGGGAAAGGUAUGGAUUAUAACUGGCAUACGGCAUAUUUCAACGCGACUACCCCCGAAGCUGCUGCGUGGGUGAAGACAAAGCUAUGA